AUACCAGAUUAUCGUUGGAUUAUGACGUAAACCCGAGAGAAAGAUUUCCAACUUGUUUUGCUCAAGAAAUAUGUGAACUUACCCUAAUCCGAACGAAAUGGAUUCAAUUAAGGCGAUGGUUGCUGAGUGGAUUCUGAUCUUUUUUCCGACUAGUAUAGCAACUUAUAACCAACAUCUCAACCGAUAUUACCUUCCAUUUGCGAACAUGCUGUAUCCAGAGCAUAUCAUGCAAUAACAAAUAUACAAUAAUAGCCGAAAGCAUUAUUGCCGACGACGCAUGCCAUAUAAACGAAAAACAGUGGUGCGUGAGAAGCUGGAGUAAUAAUUUAUGGAAGAAUCACGUCACAAAUCGAUAGUUGCAGGUAGAAUUCUGGAUAUUCUUUGUGAAGUAUGCGGAGACAGGAGUUCUGGUAAACAUUAUGGAAUAUAUGCAUGUGAUGGAUGUAGCGGAUUCUUUAAAAGGAGCAUAAGAAAGAACAGAAAUUAUGAAUGCAAGGGACCGGAAAAAGGUCGUUGCGCAAUAGACAAAAUCCACAGGAACCAAUGCCGUGCAUGUCGUCUUCAAAGAUGCCUCGGAGUUUCAAUGAGAAAGGACGCAGUUCAAAAUGAGAGAGGACCAAGGAUGUCAAAAAUGAAGCGAAAAACAACAGAUCACGAAUAUUAUUAUUGCCAAGACACAGAUUUUAUCAGACAUAACCCUAAGAUUGGCAGGAAUGAAAAAUUGCGUGAAGAAUUGACGACCGAAUCUCUUUAUCUUCGUUCUUCAUCUUUGCAAAGUGACUUACAUAAAAAAGUAAAUGUCAACGACACGUUAACGUUAUUGUCUGAUGAAUGUUGGGCUAAGUCUGACAUUUCCAGACCAGGAUUCUUUCUAAUUCCAUCUCAACGGCAAACUGGUGGUUAUGACAGUACUAAAGCAUCUUUUACUUUGCUACAACAGUCAUCCAUAUCGUUAUGCGAAAUGGCUGCUCGCGCCUUAUUUUCUACCGCUAAAUCAAUUAAGACACUGUUAUCUCACAAAGAAAAUGAGGUUAUAUUCAAUCAAAUAAAAUGGCCGUCAAUUCUGUUGCUUGAGCUCGGUCAUAAUUGCACGAUGACUCAUUUUCAGGAAGUGCUUGGAGCGGCGAUGUUCAACGCGUCCGAUUUGUUUGUAAAGCUGGCAAAUCCGAUAAAUAUGGAUACUGAUUUUGAAGACUACAGAUUAGAGGUUCAAUCAAUCCACGAAGCGUCGCUGCGCAUUCAUCGCGUGCUGACGGAAGUCUCAAAAACAAAAUUAAUUGAAAGUGAAUUUGAUCAACUUCGUGAAUAUUUACUGCGGGGAUCGAAAGAAUUUCUCCGGGAGAAAAAGAAAAAUGUGAGCCUAUGUUGCGGAUCAUCCACAUUUACAAAACAGGAAACAUUCUACGGAAGAAGAGAACUACUUUGCAAUUUAUCAAGAAGUCUCGAAAGCGUGAAUCCAAUUGAUGCAGAAAAAGUGUUUUUUAGAAAAACAAUCGGAAUAUCAAAUGUUGCCCAAAUUUUAACCGACAUUUUGAAGGACAGUUAACUCAAUUUCAAGCUUUUAGGGGUUCGCUGAAAAUCUAACAUUUUCAUUUUGUUGAUACAAGAGUCGUGAAUUAGUUCACAAAUUAUAAUUUUGUCAAGUAAUUCUAGUCUGUACGUUAUCGUAGAUUGUGGAAAAUAUCAUCAGAUGGCAUUGACGCUAUAAUGGAACGUAGCGACUCUUAUCCGUUUUUAUCGAUGACGUAAAAUACGCUGUGAUGGGUCCCAGAGCGUCUAAACGCAUGCCGUUGCAUAUUCUCAUGAAGGGUGAAUGCCAGACGUAAAUGAUAAUCAUGUUGAAGUGAGUUUGAUAGGCAUGUCAUGUCAAAAUACAUUAUUGGAGUCAUGUAAGAGAGGAUUAUAUUUAUAUGUUGGUUGGUUUUCUUUGAGUAGUGGAAAGAUAGCUUAAAUUCAGAGAAUCAAUUUUUAAUAAAUGUUGAGUAUUUAAGUAAAGU